AUGCAGCUCCUGGUGAAGGUGCCAUCUCUCCCGGAGCGCGGGGAGCUGGACUGCGACAUCUGCUACCGGCCCUUCAACCUCGGGGCCCGCGCGCCCCGCCGCCUGCCCGGCACGGCGCGCGCCCGCUGCGGCCACCGGCUCUGCACCGCCUGCCUGCGCGAGCUGGCGGCCCGCGGCGAGCGCAGCGGGGCGGCCGCGCGCGUGGUGCGCCUCCGCCGCGCCGUCACCUGCCCCUUCUGCCGCGCGCCCACCCCGCUGCCGCGCGGCGGCGUCACCGACAUCCCGCUGGACCCGGACCUGUGGUCGCGGCUGGAGGAAAAAGCGCGGGCUGAUCGUGAACCCGAUGAGGCUGGUAGCCCGGGCCGGGAAGGCGGCGACGCCGACCGGGAGGCCGAGGACGAGGAGGAGGAGAGCGACAAGGGGUCGGGGCCGCGGAGCGCGGGGUGGCGCGCGUUCCGUCGGCUCUGGGACCGGGUGCUGUCGCCCGCGCGCCGCUGGCGGCGCCCGCUGCCUAGCAACGUUCUGUACUGUCCGGAGAUCAAGGACUUGGCCCACAUGACUCGCUGCACGCUGUGA